UGGAAUACUGCACUGAGUUCCUAUCUAGUCAGGAGAAGACGACUAUAUACCUGACCUGUAACACACUAGACUAGAGUAGUCUGCUACGGGUAUGCUCAGACCUUGUAUGGACCGACUGAUACCGCAACAACUAUCAACGAUACGUGCGUUGCAAGGCGCUGAGAAAUACACAACCAGCAGCGGCAGUGAUACAAAUAGUGAGAACGAAGACAUUCUCGAAGAUACAGCUACACCAGACAGUUCAGAGGGCAGGGAAAGUUUGAAAAGGUCGGUAUUACGGCUGCGGCAGAAGAUGGCAAGAGUAGGACGAGUGAAAAGAAUUAUGCGGGCCAGUGUGCAAGAUCACAAGCUGUGUUAAACAUCCACAAAGACCUUGUCGAUCUGAAGAUGCAUAUCCACAUCCCGCUCCGCAACAUUGUGGCCUUCCCGUUCCUCGCGCUACGCGAGGUCAUCAGCGGAG